AUGUCAUUCCAGGAAAUACCGGUGCUUGAUCUUCGUCAAGCGUUCAACCCUGAAACUAAGCCGCAAUUUCUUUUUCAGUUGAGAAAUGCCAUGAUCAAUGUUGGUUUUCUACUCUUAAAUCAUUACGAGGAAAUUGGUCCAACUGAAGCAGAUCUUGCUGAGAUUAAAGAACAGGCAGAGGAGUUUUUCGCAUUACCCGACGAGGUGAAGUUAGGUUGUGAAAUGACGAAUUCAAGACACUUUUUAGGGUAUACUCGUUUGGCGAAUGAGAUUACUGCAUCCCAUACAGAUUGGAGGGAACAAAUCGACCUUGCUACCGAACUUCCAGCUCCAUCAGAAGAUGAACCAAUUUACAAAAACAUCGAAGGACCAAACCUUUGGCCUGAUGCCAGUAAGAUUCCAAACUUUAGACCCACAGUGGAGAAUUAUAUCUCAAAAAUGACUAGGUUGAGUACAGUUGUGAGAAAACUUGUUUCUGAAUCCAUUGGCUUAGAUAGUGACGCCCUUGAUGGUUACUUCAAGCCAAACCAACAGUGCAAAAUGAAACUCAUAUCGUAUCCAGAUGAGUCUGCGUUGGCAAGCACAAAGUCGGUUGCAUUAGAUGACACUCCAUUAACUGGCCAAGGUGUUGGUCCCCACAGAGAUUCGGAUCUACUCACUUAUAUCUUCCAAGCUACUGACCAUGAAAAUUCCUUACAAGUGCAAAAUUUUCAAGGAAAAUGGAUUACGGUUCCAAACAUCCCCAAUCACUUGGUGGUCAAUAAUGGACAGACAUUGGAGGCGAUAACUCAAGGUGUCUGUAAAGCCACAAUCCAUCGGGUAUUGAUUCCGAAACCGGGAAGCGGUACUAGGAUUUCAAUUCCAUUUUUCCAGACCAUUGAUUUAGAUUGUUUCAAAACUCCGGUGAAGGAUAUUCCUGAAGACAUUAUAAAAUUGAAAGAGGAAAGAGAUCAAAAGAUUAAAGAUUGGGCGGUUGAUGUAGGAUUUCAGUUCAAGCCGGAUGUUGAAAAAGAGCCAAUCGGCUACGCUGUGUUUAGAAACAGGAUCAAAUCCCAUCAGGAUGUCGCGAAAAGAUGGUACCCCACUAUUUUGAAGCAGGUAUUGCAAGAAUACUCCUAUUAA